AUGUCCAAGUGGAGCAAGGGUGCGACAAAUGAAUCGUCCGAGGGCAACGCGCACACGGCAUCCGGCGAGGCGGAUGAUACAAGGGAGUCGAUCGUGUUAUUGGCCGGUGAUGGGACCAACACUCCAAGCGACGCGUGGUUCCUCGAUACAGGCGCAACGCAACACAUGAUGCACUCGGCAUCGUUCCUCACCAACGUUGGUGCACCGCGGGAUGUUAAGCGCGUCGUCUUCGGGAACAACAAGUCGCUACCCGUAGUUGGAGUUGGGAGUACGCGUCUCAUCGUUGAUGGCGGACCGGUUGACAUCACGAACGUGCUUCACGUUCCGGGAUUGAAGGUGAAUCUACUCUCCGUCACUCAACUCGCAAAGAAGGACGUGAAGUUCACCAUCGAUGGCGCGACGAUGAACCUCUUUUGGAAGGGGAAGCAAUUCGCACAAGGCGUUCUCAACGGAGAACUCUACCAACUCAAGACGCACCUGGGAGCGGCUUCAUCCAACGUGGCGCAAGGUUCCAAGGCGACUCUCAAGGCGUGGCAUAAACGACUUGCUCACGCCAAUUACGACUCGGUCAAGGAGUUGGCCAACAAAGGACUUGCGAAGGGAGUCGACGUGAUCGCCGGCGACGACGAGAAGGGCGUGUGCGUGGCGUGUGUCGAAGGAAAAAUGGCUCGCAAGCCAUUUGGUAGCCGCACCUCUCCCCUCGCUAAGGACCCGCUUGCGCUUGUUCACAUGGACGUGUGUGGACCGAUGCGGCAUGCAUCAAAGGGAGGAGCGCGGUUCCUCUUGGUGAUGCUCGACGACGCGACGCGGAUGUGUUGGACCUGA